UUUGACUCAUCUCCAUCGACUUUUACAGCGGCAGGCUGACCUCCUGGAAAUUAAAUUGCAUUUGCAGACGGCAGGGAUAAAGGCAUCAGGAUGACUGGCAUUAUGGACUCGGUGGAAAUGCCCAAAUUACCGGAAAACCAGAAGACCUUCGCCGGCAUCCCGGAGGCAGUGUUCCUGGAGGAGAUCGACUCGUUUAUGGCGCAGCCGGAGAACGAGAACUGCGAGAAGGUGCUGCAGCGACUGGACGAGCAGCACGGCAAGUAUCGCUUCAUGGCCUACAACCUGGAGGCGAGGCGCCGCAAGCUCAAGUCCCAAAUCCCCGACCUCGAGCGCUCCCUGGAGAUGGUGAAUGUGCUGCGCAAGGAGGACGAGGAGCGCGAGACGCAGUUCCUGCUCAGCGACCAGGUGUUCAUCAAAACUUUGGUGCCGCCCACGAAAACAGUCUACCUCUGGCUGGGGGCCAGCGUGAUGCUCGAGUACCCGCUGGACGAGGCUGAGGCGCUGCUCAAGCAGAACAUCACAUCGGCCGUGGGCAACCUGAAGUCGGUGGAGCACGACCAGGACUUUCUGAGGGAUCAAAUCACAACCACUGAGGUAAAUAUGGCGCGGGUUUACAACUGGGGCGUGAAAAAGCGGCAGGCCGCUGCCAAGACCACCGCCACCACUCCCUCGUAAGAAGUCGCUCCGCAGUCCCAUCAAUCCCAAGAUCAACAUAAAAAAGCAGCUACUGCUUCGUCUCUCGCGUAUUAUUUAUUUCGACAGUUCACCGAAAGGGCUCGGCAGGCAUCGCCACCUGCCUUAUUCUCGUUCUCCACUGAUAACAAUAAAACCGCCACACAACGCA